GUUCCAUCUAAAAGUGUCCCCCGAUGAGGCGGCGGUGCUUCUGGCAACCCGCUGACGGAACGCUGAUACCGCCGAUAAGCUUGAGUGGAUAAACCCUGUGUUGAAUGUGACACGAGAAACUUAACCAACAACAAGGGUAAAUAGGGAUUGUCAGGAGUUAUCAUAUUAUAAAAGCUCCAAAUUAUCAAUUUACUAAGCCGCCUUAGCUGAAGAAAUUUGUUGUUAUCUGCUAACAUUAGCAUCACAGACCUGUCCCCACCUAGUCAAGCUAGCAAGUUGUUCAUAUUUAGCCCGGGCGGCUAAUGCUAGAAGCUUUUGCAAAUCCUAUGAACUCGGGAAUAUCGCUGUCUCUGCAAACAUGUCCACCACUUCAUUGGAUAAAGAACUACAGGAGCGACUGAGAGAGGCUUCUGCCAUCGGGGAUAUUGACGAAGUGCGGACACUGGUGGAGAGUGGAGUAAACAUCAACUCCCAAAACGAAAUAAAUGGAUGGACGUGCCUACAUUGGGCAUGCAAGCGGAACCAUAAGCACAUAGUGUCCUACUUACUAAGUAGUGGCGCAGACAAAGACAUCCUUACAGCUAAGGAUGAGAUGGCCUCUCAGCUCACAUCCAAGCCGGAGAUCAAACGACUUUUAGGAGUUGAAGUGGAGGACCUGCCUGAAGUCAAGGAGCCUGAGUUACCAAUCAUCCCCAAUUAUUUGUCCAACCCGCCCUUUAUAUACUCCAAGAUGGACAACAAGACAGAGCUGCUCCUAUCUCAGCACCUUGCACAAAACGGAUCUGUGGAACACACUGAAGGCACAGACAGCAAUUCAGCCCCUCUUUCUCCAGUCCAGCACCAUCACUUGCCACAGAGCCUGGCCUCUGAUGACCCCCCAAUCAACCCCAUCCUUCACAACCAAGUUCAGGCCAGGGAAUUUGUUCCCGUAGCCGAGCAAAACGGUGUGACGCCGGGCUCGGUCCCGUCUCACAACAAUCACACGGUGGUAAACUGCACAGUGCCAGUGGAUCUGUCGGUCGAGCCUCACCUCGUCAACCACGCCGUGCCGCACAACGGAGCCGUGUGCUCGCCUCCUUUGGCCUCGCCCAGCCCGGCUUUGGCUUGCAGCGGCGGGAGUCAGGUCCAAGCUCCGGUAGCUAAUGCUAACCCGGCUGUAAACAGGCAGCAAUCGGUGCCGCAGCAGAUAGGCUACAGUCAGCCGGGGGGGCCUUUGCCAGCAUUCCAGCCGUUUUUCUUCACAAGCACCUUCCCCGUCAACGUGCAAGAGUUAGUACUGAAGGUGCGUAUUCAGAACCCAAACACGCGGGAGAACGACUUCAUCGAAGUGGAGCUGGACCGCCAGGAGCUGACGUAUCGCUCGCUGCUGAGAGUCUGCUGCCGUGAAUUGGACGUCAGUGCCGAGCAUGUGGAGAAGAUCCGCAAGCUGCCAAACACGAUGUUGAGAAAGGACAAAGAUGUUGCCCGCCUGCAGGACUUCCAGGAGCUGGAGGUCGUCUUGGAGAAAUCCGAGGGCCUGGCCUUCUUCUCCGGCGCAGGGAACCUGACGGACAGACCCUGCUACAACAUGAAGGCCUCCCGCCUCACCUACUAGCGCGCCCCAACAGAGUCUCCCUGCUCCUAACGGGCUUGUGUAGCCGCCCUGGGGCAGCCGUUAACCAGUUGCCUGCCCAGAUCUCCUUGUCAAGCUUUGUACAGCUUGGGUGUUCUGCCAACUUUCUUAUCAAGUUCAUGAGCUAUCGUCCUCCUCCGGGCCCUUUCGCUGCUUUCGUGUUCCCAACUAGUUGUAAGAGAUUACUGAUGCAUGUCCUGGAUUAUGAGAGAACGUAUUGCCCCCCCCCCCCCCCCCCCACCCCCCCCACCCACCCACCCACAAUCUCUUGCCGUGCCAGGACUCCAGUGGAACACCAAGGGGUAGGUCGAGGACGCAGGCUUGUCUUCCUGUAGACUGAACGGGUAUCUGCAAUAGCCUUAUAUGGACGUGUCCACCCGCUAGCUGUGGACAAAGUUCUCAUUUAAAUCCGGUUUGCAUAAGCCCUCACAGAGCCUGUGCAGAAGACUUGGUAAUGUACUCCACACCCUCAUACAUGCUGUUGCUUUAACCUUAGUGUCUUUGCUGCAAAGGGAACUUCUGUUAGUUGCUUAAUUAAACAUCUUUUUUUUGGGACUUAAUCAUUGUAACUGCUGACUGCACGCGUUCCAUCUGUCAGCAUGGAGAGUGCUGUGGAAAAGCAGCAAUUCUUUCUUCACGUUAUUUCAUUGAGUUCAAUGCGUUCCAGUAUGAAGCCUUGUGUGGCGAUGACAUUUUGUACGCAGCUCCCGCGUAUGUUGACAAUUUAAUAACACAGUGAGCCCAUUUGACCUGCUGAUAAGCAAACUGUGCGUCACAAAGGAAUGCAGCGGUGCAGGUUUUCCCUUUUAUCAAGUAAAGAAGAAUGACGAAAGCACCUGCUUAUCAGACACGCUGUGCCGUACAAGCAAACACUCCUGCCACAUUCUUCCAAGAAAAGUCCAUUUACUAACAAUCUCAAUCUUGUAGGCCAGUGAUUCUCAACUGGUGGGUCGCGAGUCUUGGCCUGGGCAAAAAAAAUAAAACAACGUAAUGACCCAAUGUCCGUGAAUGCACCUUGCGUUCUUGUCUUGCUGCGCCGCCACGAGUUGCGCCCCUUAUAAAUAUAAGCUAUUUGAGGAGUCAGAGUUGAAAAGUGUCCACAGUUUGGGUCGCCUCCUGUCAGACCAGUUGAGAACCACCGUUUGAGGCCAACCGUUCUGUUGUCAUUUAUGUUGUAUUAUUGGAGGUGGUAGCUUUAUUAGAUGGCUGAAGUCUGCUUGACAUCACUUAAAAGCGCACUGACAAGAUGACUAAUAAUACUAACUAAAUAGUUACACUGUAUAUGAAGAUUAUUUGCUGGGGCAAGUGAAGAGCCUUGUUGUGUUCGAUGAGACUUUUAAUGCUGCUUUCAUCAUCACGUUCUUUUUACGCUGGGGCUCAUUUCCCCACAUUGCACAUCCUCCAAUCAAAAGGUUUCUUCUCCCUGUAAUAACUUAUCUGUUUACUGUUCAAAGCUCCACCUUAAGCUCUUACUUGUAUUUCUAUGUUGGACCAUAUAUAUUUUUAUUAAUAAGCAUAGUUUUGUUCUUUUCUUUUAACCAGGUAAGCCUGUUGUGUUUGUGUCAAAACGUCUGUGGCGGAAGCUGGACUUGUUGAAGGAAAGUGCAAUGUGAGGUAAAGGCAAUGUUCAAGGCUUUAUUGAGACAAAGGCGUAAGGUAUGUUGAUUCUGUGAAGAGGGUGGGGGUACUAACCUUAUCUGUGGGGUUGUUUGUUCUAGAGAAGAAGCAGAAUACAGCUGGACUUAACCUAUGCAUCCAGAGUCUGAUAUUUUUAUAAAUGAAACGUCCUGUGUACUUGCGGACAUAAUCGUAGGCACCGUUGAUGCUGUUUGUUCUGGAGCCGUGUAUGUGUUCUUUGAUAAAGCAUGAUGAAUGACUUCAUCUCCAUCACUUUCAGAUACUUUUUUUUUUAAUCUGCCCUCGACAAGAAACAGAAACAGAAACAACAAAAUAUUAGAAUAAAGUCAUAUUAACAUAAAAAUAAUGACAAAAAAUAACAUUGUAAUACUAAGUUUCACAGUAAUUUCCGCAAUAUAGAUCACAGUAUUAGUUGGGAAAAAGUUGUGAUGUUACAAGAACAAUGUCAAAAUAUUAUGGGAAUAAAUUCAGUCAAGUUACAAAAGACACUUGAAACAUUAGUAACAUUUGAAAAACAACAGAAAAAAUUGAAAAACGAGCAGUGGAGAAAAAGUAAUAAUACACUUUGUCACCUAUAACACACAUUUGUGAUUUCCAUCCAUCCAUUUUCUAUGCCACUUGUUCUCAUUAGGGUCACGGGUACGCUGGAGCCUAUGCUGGCCCCAGCUGACUUUGGGUGAGAGGUGGGGUGCACCCUGGGCUGGUCGCCAGCCAGUCGCUGAGAUUUCUUUAAAUGAAUACAAAAUACAUAUGCACUGUAACUUGUAAGCAUACCUACAUGGGUUUCUUUUACAACAUGUAAAAUACCAAAGUGGCCCCCGCAUCCUCUGAUUUUUAGCAUAUGCGGCCCUGGUCGGACACCCCUGAAGUAAACCCUAAUCCUGUCCGAACUGAAAUGCAACUCGAAAGCCGCUAGAGGGCGGCAAAGACUCAUUCCUUUUUUUCGUCUCGUCUCUAUUGAUAAUCAGCUUGACGGCCCUCUUUGCUAGAAGACGCCUUUUUAGUCCUAAAAACAAGUCGGAUUUAAGUCAGAUUUCCCCGUUUUUAAGCAACUAGCAUCAACUGUAAUUGAUGUUAGUUUUGGGCCCUAGAUGAUUGAUUUGAACGGCUCUCUUUGGUGGUACAACAUACAUGUUCCUGAUUUGUACAAACUGAUUGAUUUGUUGAGGAUAUUUCCACGGGAUCGGCAUGAUACAUACAAGCUCAAAUAUAUUGGGGUCAUCUGAUAUGAUGAAAAUGUCUUUCAUUACAGUGACCGUCAUGAGGGCACGCCACAUCAUUGCGUGGGUGGCGUUUUGAAUUGGUGUUGCCAAAAAGCCAAAUAUAAGCAAUGAGUUAACCUUCUGGCACUUGCUGAUUUUGGUGACUUUACAGGGCACACUUGACCUCAGGUUCCCGUGUUGUUCUAUUUGCCGAGUGUCCUGGUUUUUCCGUAAUCAGAAUACGGCCUCUAAUAUAUACAGUCACCUAAAACUUCUAGCUGGUGGUGCAACAGGUUCUUGAAUGUAAUUUUACU